AGUAUAAUCUCUGCCCGCUUCCUUUUAAGAGCUCACAAAAGGCCAAGACGCACGCUAACAGCCAAUCACCACGACGGAAGCAUAAAAAUCCACCACCGCUACAGCCAUCAAUCAUUCAGAUCAUGGCGGCGACGACCGAUUUAGAUCCGAUCCAGACAAAUGCGCCUCCCAAUCCACCACCAAACAAGCAGAUCUUCAUCCUCUCUGGCCAGAGCAACAUGGCCGGGCGAGGCGGCGUCUUAAAGAAGCUCCACCGGUGGGACGGCGUGGUUCCACCAGAAGCGCAGCCGCAUCCGUCGAUAUUCCGUCUGAUCGCGAAGUUACAUUGGGAGGUAGCGCAUGAGCCACUGCACGCCGACAUCGACACGAAGAAGACGUGCGGAGUGGGGCCAGGAAUGGCGUUCGCGAACGGCGUGAGAGAGCGAGUAGGGACGGUGGCGCUGGUGCCGUGCGCUGUUGGAGGCACCGCCAUCAAAGAGUGGGCGCGUGGAGAGAAGCUGUAUGAGGAUAUGGUGAAGAGGGCGAGACAUAGCGUGAAGGACGGCGGGGAAAUUAGGGCAAUUCUGUGGUUUCAAGGAGAGAGUGACACCUCUACUGAACAUGAUGCUGAUGCGUACCAGGGGAAUAUGGAGGCUUUUGUUGCUAAUGUGCGCCGGGAUUUGGCCUUGCCUUCUCUCCCAAUUAUUCAGGUAGCACUGGCAUCAGGAGUCAAGUAUAUUGAAAGAGUGAGGGAGGCUCAAUUGGGAAUGAGAGUGGAGAAUGUGGUGUGUGUGGAUGCAAAGGGAUUGGAACUUAAAGAAGACAACCUCCAUCUCACCACACAGGCUCAGGUCAUUCUUGGUCAAAUGCUGGCCGAUGCCUACCUCACCCACUUCGCUCCACCACUCAAAUCGAAGCCCUCGACCUAAAUACCUCGUCUCGGUUCACAACUAUAAACUAAAUGGUUAUUGAACAACGGCUUAUAAAUCUUAUCUGAUUGUCUGAUGCUUUGUUUUGUUGUUUGGGGGAUUGGAACUCGAAGAACACGACAUCUAUCUCACACGACACAUCUCGAGUCAUUCUUGGUCAAAUGCUGACCGAUGCCUAUCUUACCCACUUUGCUGCACCGGCCUCCGUUUAUAACUAAAAACUAAAUGAUUAUCGAACAUGUCUUAUAAAUCUGGUUCGGUUUCUUUGCUGGAACUAUCAUUUAUUUAAAUAAGGCUUAUUUGUGCUUUUGUAAGUCAUGUAUUGUACGUGCUAUCCUGUUUGAUUAUUGUGAGUGUUUACAUUUA